AUGAACAAAACACGAGAAUUGGCCAUCUUCGAGUACGUCCUCAUCGUGCAGGUCAAUCCAUCGACGGGGCAGCCGUUCAUCGCCUAUCGGUACCCGCCGUCGACAGACCAGGGGGCAAAGGACUCCAUCUCCGGCCCCAUCAUGCGAUUCUGCUUCCCCGAGCUCGAACUCUCCGACCAGAGCAAGAAGAAGGACAAGAAGAAGAAACUGCUCGGGGGAAUGGGUGUACAGCAGAGCGAGACGUUCUCCACUUCGUUUACGCUCUUCCGGCGCAUAUUGGACAUCGUCGAGGAGCGGCGGAAGGCGUCGACCAAGCCCAAGCCCACCGCUGUGUUCUCCUUCCUGCAGUCGGUGCUGGCCAACAAGUUCCCGGACCCGGGCGAGACCAUCACCGUGCGCACCUUCGCGGCGGGCGGCGGCGCCAGCAGCUCCAACGGCGACGUCUACCAACUCACCCGAUCGCUGGGCUCGCGCUUCGAAUACCUCGACUAUGUGUCGUUCGUGACCUUGUUCAAGCUGAUGCCCGUGCCCAAGAUUCUGGAGCUCUUCGGCAACAUGCUGCUGGAGCGACGCGUCAUCGUGGCGGCCAAGACGCUGGGCAUUCUGUCGUCCUGCGUGAACGCGCUCAGCGCACUCCUCUACCCGUUCUCGUGGCAGCACGUCUUCAUCCCCGUGCUGCCCCAGUCGCUCCUGGACUACUGCGCGGCACCGAUGCCCUUCAUGCUCGGCAUUCUUGCCGACAGCAUUCCCGCCGUCAAGAAACAGCCCCUGGAGGAGGUGUAUUUAGUGGAUUUGGAUAAGGGGACCUUCAUCAUCAGCCCCGGGUUCCCGAGCGUUCUACCCGCACACGAGUUACGAACGCUCGAGAUGAGCCUCGACUCCAUUGUGGCUUCCGGAAAGAAGGGACGAGCGUUCGACCUGGACGUGGCGGCGGCGUUCCUGGACUUCUUCCAGAGCAUCCUGUCGGGCUACGCCCAGUUCAUGCGGAACAACAAGCUCAACGUGCAGGCCUUCCGCGAUGCCCAGCCGCCGGCCAUCAAGUCAUUCCUCGACCAGUUCGAGGCCUCUCAGAUGUGGUUCAGCUUCAUCAUGGAACGCUUACUGACGGGCGCUGGAAUGAAUCAUAGGGAGACGAUGUCCGAGAAGGGCACGCUGCGGAACUGCGUGCUACUGAAGGCCCAGACGCACACGCCGGUGGCGCACAACCAGAUGGAGCAGCAGCCGGCCGUGUUCGAGGUCUGCUGCAAGUGCGGCUGCGACGUUGAGGGCGACACGCAGGAUAAGGACGGUCGACCCAUCUGCAUGGCAUGCCUCGAGGCCAAGGACCGCAAGGGCCUCGGCAUGGGCGGCUGGUUCAAGAAUUUGCGCGCCGAGAGCGGGUACUUCGGAGCAGGUGAGGCCGCGGACGAGAGCAAGGCACUGAAGUCCAAGGUGGGCAACGUGAGCAAGCGAUUCGGCAAGAGCAAGGAGAAGCCAGCAGCAGCAGCAGCGACCCUCGCCCGCAACCACGCCGAGCAAUGGCGCGUCGGCGCCGCCCUCGCUCACACGCGGCUCGCCCGGGUCCGCGUCGGCGCCCUCGAUCCCUGUCUCGGCCGGCUCCACCACAACGACGUCAGCUUCGUCGAACACCACCUUCCGGAGUAA